AUGUCUUCUGCCAAGCUUCUUGUUUACGCCUCUCUGGCUGCCACGGUCUUUUCCGCUGCGCUGCCUUCCUCGAACGGAACUUCCAUCGGAGCCGUCAAGGACUUCCCGGAAUGUACCACGCUGAACCAGAGGAAGUCUUGGGCCGCCAUGACUGACGUCGAGAAAAAGGCUUACAUCGACGCCGAGGUCUGCCUAAUGGGCAAAGCGCCAAAGCUUGGCGUCGCUGGAUCUCAGAAUCUCUGGGACGACAUGAUGUACGCUCAUAUCUACCAGGCCAAUGUCAUUCACAACGACGGGCCUUUCUUGCCUUGGCACAGGCUCUACAUGCGUGUUCACGAGGUUUACCUGCAGACCGAGUGUGGUUACGAAGGCGGCCAGCCGUACUGGAACGAGCUGGAGGACGCUGAAGCCGGAUUCUUGAACCAGUCCACGGUUUUCGAUGCCGAGACCGGCUUCGGAAGCUUCAAGAAUGGCAAGGACGGCUGUGUUGCUGACGGUCCCUUCGUCAACUUGACAAUGCAUCUGAACCAGACCAGCAGCGACGCCAACUUCUGCCUCACUCGCGACCUGGACCAAGACAGCUUCUACCAGGCCAACUCAACCUACGUCAACGAAUGCAUGGAGUUCGACACCUACGAGGACUCCUGGAACUGUUGGGGCACUGCACCCCAUCUUGCCGGCCACAUGGGAGUCGGCGGCACCAUGCUCGACGUCGUUUCCAGCCCAGGUGACCCGUUGUUCUUCCUCCACCACACCAACCUCGAUCGCCUCUGGUGGAACUGGCAGUCCGUCAACCUUACUGCCCGCCUGAACGACAUCGGAGGUCCCGUCGUGGCUUCCGACGCGUUCCUGCAGAUGUCCAACCUUGACUACCCCGGUGCCGAUCUCCUGGACUACAACGGCGAGAAUGGCGGCAAUGUAACUACCAUGGCCCACAAUCUUUGGACUUCUGGUCUGCUGCCGAAUGUCACCAUUGCGGAUCUCAUGGAUGUCCGCGGUCCCAUCAGCUGCGCCAUCUACGUCUAG